UUGUCUCGUGCAAGAUAGAACGUCGACAUGCUGGCGAGAUGACACUGGGCCGUCUGGCGUCGGAUGGCCGUAAAUAUCACUAUAUGAAUAUGAAGUUGUGUUGAAGACAGUGGCCCUGAGUGGCCUUCUUUCGUCAUUGAUGGCGUGCAUUCCUACCCUCUGUGAGAUAAGCUAUGAUUCAGACUUAUUUGAUGAAGACAGAUUUUCAACGCCAUUUAGAAUCUCUCGGGACUACACCCGCAAGUCGCGAGGUUGUGGAAUCAUAUGUAGAUCUAGAGAAUAUGGAAGUUUUGGCUUCGAAAAGCUUCUACCGUUGCAGUGUCACGCCACAACAUACCGUGACUAUCUCAGAAGCUAUUACAUCGAACAAUCAAUAUUUAAAAAUGGUGGUAAGAUCCGAAGUCCUACACUACCCUCCCGUACUCCAACAAGGUUCACAUGGUGUGAUUCCAUUGAAGAUGAGGAUGCUACCAGCCGGGACAACCCAUCCCAGGUUGUCCAAGAUCAUCUCUCUCCCCCUGCCCAUCUCAAGUCUUCAGUUUGGGAUGAGGGAAGGGAGGAACCCACUUAUCAGAAAGGAAGUGAGAAAAUAGUAUGGGUUGAUGCACUCAACUCCUGGGUCCCGUAUAAAAAGCCAGUUCAGGAUAAGGCGUACGUCAGCUUUGUCAACACUCCACCCAUCAUAGAGAAGUGCUUCACAACAGUUUGCAGACAGCAUGGGUCAGGAGAAGGCAGAAGGCUUCCACGCCCAUGUGAUCGGUUUCAGUCCCACAUGCAGUACUUCAAUGACUCUCCUCGCCAGGUUGGACAGGCCAAUCUCAGACGAGCAGUGGCAUUACAGAACAGAAACACCAAGAAAAGCCCUGAUGGGAGCACCUGGAAACAGAACAGAAAAGCUUACUCUACACCAUUAUCUAAUGCUGAGAGUAGACGCAAUCGUCUACCCCCUCGGGCACCCUCUGCUGGGCCAUCUUUUCCCCAGCCCACUCCCUUGGAAAAUGUGUGCCCAGCCUGGAGAUCCCCAGACAUCCAUGAGGGGGAUACAGUGGAAACUGAUGCUGAGAGAUUGGAGCUUCAGGAACUUCUCAUUCCAUCGCCGGACACAGCUGGGGACACUGGGCAGGCUGUGGACAUAAAACCACUGGAGACGAGGGACAGUGAUGAGGAAAGAAGUGGUGAGUCAGUGACAAGUGUUGCUGACCACACUCCGCCUGACAAACCUGACAAGAAACAGAUGAGCAGUACUGGUGGUCUGGUCAACAAGCAACAGGUACAGCAACCACCACCACCUCCUCCUCCACGUCCGCAAGCAGCAAGCAGAGGCCAGACACAGUCAAAGAAGUCAUCCCCAAGGAAGCCUGCCACAUUGAAACCAAACAGGUCUCCAAAGAAGCCAAGCAAAGUCAAGUCUCCUCCACAACAACAGAAAACAGCCAGACCCACAGCCAAACAAAAGAAAGCACCCAGAGAGUUACCUGUGCAGGAGGAGAAGCCAUCACCUUCUCACAAGACCAACCAACGGAGAGUUUCUAGUGAUAACAAACCACAGCCUCUACCAAUAUCCCUCCCUGUGGUGACAGCGCAACCCCCUCCUCCCUCCCCUCCAUCAGUGGACUCUGACAGGGGUAGCUCAGAACAGGUGGAGCAGGUGCGGUCUCCUAUUAAGAAGCGUGAACGUGUGGUAAGUCGUCGUCCAUGUAAGACAGAGGAAGCUGCCAGUGAGCAUGUGCCAACAGUGGUGCAAGUACAGAAGUCAGCAGACUGGAUCUAUGAAGAGAAAGUAGAGGAGAUACACAGCAAGGCAGAAGAGAAUGUCCAGGUGAAGCUGGAGGAGACCGUGCUGCCUGCAGUCAUCCCAUAUCUUCCAUCAACACAUAGUCAGACCACCAUUAGCCGAGUCCAGCGCAAACUGCAGGCGUUCAGACAACCCAUUGAAAACAAAAAAAGGUGGGGACCUAAGAAACGUGACACAUCGUAUGAAGAUGAGCUUCGAAAACAGGAGCUGGCAGAAGCAAGGCGGAAGCGGCAGGCAGAAAUGCUAGAGCGAAAGAGGAAGAAGAAAUUUGGACAGAAAAUGGAAGAAGAUGGUAUCACUGGGAUACCAAACUUUGAAGACUAUGGGUUUCUAGCCAAGUAUUGCAUUUUGAGCCGGACCAACCUGGAGAUGUACAAGCAUGCAUUUCAGGCAGUUGAUGAUGAACAGCGUGGCUGGCUGACUGGGACUGAAGCUAUGAUUGCACUGAGAGGCACCAACAACAGGCUGACGGAAACAGAAGAGGAAUAUUUAUAUAGGAUCCUCGAGAUGACUGGUUACAGCAUCACCAAUGGAGCUGACUUCAAGCUAUUCUCUUUGUUAGCAGCACUGUCUCAGCGUAUAGCUGCUCUGGAUAAGUGGAUGAAGAACCUUAUUGGUCAGGUUGACUUUAAGAUGCUGGAUAUGAAGAUGUUCAAGUGCAAGACACUUUGGGAAUGCAAUGUGGAUGGAGAUACCAACAAGAUCUCACUGGAACAGCUGAUGAUUGAACUUCGAGCUGGUGGGGUGAGCUACCAACAUGAAUGUGAGGUCAGGGAAAAACUUAGUCACCUGGUAGCCCUUGACCUUUUGGACUUCCUGACAUAUGUACCACUGUUCAUCAUGAUACAUGAGUCUGUGGUGGACAAUCCACUCGAUGACACACGGGAGAAGUGAAACCUACUGGUUCCUACAUACAAGGAUGUGCUUGAGCUAUAUACUGGAUCCAACAUACAAGGAUGUGCUUGAGCUAUAUACUGGAUCCAACAUACAAGGAUGUGCUUGAGCUAUAUACUGGAUCCAACAUACAAGGAUGUGCUUGAGCUAUAUACUAUAUCUUACAUACAAGGACGUGCUUCAGCGAUGUAAAAUAACAUAUAAGGACAUGCUUGAGCUAUAUACUAUAUCUUGUAUACAAGGAUGUGCUUGAGCUAUAUACUGGAUCAAACAUACAAGGAUGUGCUUGAGCUAUAUAAAAUAUCUUACAUACAAGGAUGUGCUUGAGCUAUAUACUGAAUCCAACAUACAAGAAGGUGCUUCAGCUAUAUGAAAUAUCUUACAUACAAGGAUGUGCUUAAACUGUUCAGUGUUACAGUGGAACCAGUCAAUAGAUUGGUCACAGAGUAUGAUUAUAGGUUGCAAUAUUCACAAAUGCAGUUGACAGUGUUUAUCUAAUACACUUCUGGUAACUUGGUACAUUGCAUGA